AUGAGAGUGCUUGUUUUUGCAAUAUUGCUAUUAUUUGGCGUGUUCAAUUCUACUGGAUAUGUAUUGAAACGUAGAAUUGUAAAACACGUAAUACCUACAGAAUGUCCAGCAACUGACAUUAAAAUAGUGAUUCGUAUAGCCCACGAGACUGAUUGUAAUUUCUUUUAUCAAUGCCAUAGUGGGAAAAAAUAUUUGAAGAAAUGCCAUCGUAGCUUGCAUUUCAACCCGCUAUUGCAAAUUUGUGAUCAACAGUGGCGGUCACGGUGUACCUCAAGAUCAAGAACUGAAUCCAUGGCACUUGCAUUUCCAACACCAGAAUUGACAACUGAAUCUUGGGCGAUUACAGUUACAUCACCAGAAUUGACAACUAAAUCUUGGGUGGCUACAGUUACAUCACCAGAAUCGACAACUAAAUCUUGGGUGGCUACAGUUACAUCACCAGAAUCGACAACUAAAUCUUGGGUGGCUACAGUUACGUCACCAGAAUUGACAACCAAAUCUUGGGUGGCUACAGUUACAUCACCAGAAUCGACAACUAAAUCUUGGGAGACUACAGUUACAUCACCAGAAUCGACAACUGAGUCUUGGGCGACUACUGCAAUUCUAACAAUAGCGUCGUCAACUAAAGAAACAACUUAUACAACUGAAUAUUCAACUUCUACAUCGACAUCGAAACCAGCGACACCAUCGUCCUGUGCGGAUGUCGACCCGCGUAAAGUGAUUUACAUCCCUCACGAAUGCGAAUGCUCGAAAUACUACAGAUGUGAAGAUGGAAAUUCUCUGCUCGGCACGUGUCCCGCGGAUCUACAUUUUAAUUACUCCAUUCAAGACUGCGAUUUCCCCGAAGACGCCGGUUGCACACUCCCAUACAUCUAA